GGCGCGUCCGUGGAUCCGCAGCUGCGCUCCGUCCGCCGAACCUGCAGCGAUCCACGCAUGUGAGGAGUCAAACUACACGGACAAAAGUUAUUUUAAUGGAAACAAAGGCUCCAAGAUCAGAAUCAUGGGGUAUGGGCAAAUCCUCCACCGGCGUGGGACAGAGGAGGACCAGAUCCACCUCACGUGGGAGGGGUACGGCAUGAAGUGGACCCGGACCCUCCUGCGUUUCCCCCACACACGUCUGGCUCGGUUACUGCACUGUCGAAGCGAGGCGGCCAUCUGGAGCUGGUGUGACGACUACAGCCCGGCAGAGAAGGAGUACUACUUCGACAGGAACCGCGAGUUUUCCCUGUGCGUGCUCAACUUCUACCAGACCGGACGCAUCCACAUGAUGGAGGAGCUGUGCGUCUUCUCCUUCAGCCAGGAGAUCGAGUACUGGGGCAUCCAGGAGCUCCACCUGAGCCCCUGCUGCAGCAACUGGUACCACGAGAGGAAGGAGUACAUAGAGGACAGAGACUGGGACAUCAGGAGCGAGGACGGACAUCAGCCCAGCUUCGACUCGUCCUUUGAGGAGCUUUCCGCUCUGGAUAAAGACCUGGCUAAGUUUAAAGGUGCCUGGUGUGCAGAACUGAGGAGCUACGUUUGGCUCAGACUCGAAGACCCGGGUCACUCUCGGGCCUCUAAGAUCAUCGCUGUGGCGUCCCUGAGUGUGGUGUUGACCUCGAUUGUUGCCAUGUGCGUCCACAGCAUGCCCGAGUUUCAGCGCCUAGACGAGAACGACAAACCCAUCGAGGACCCGGUCUUGGCCAUCCUCGAGGAGAUCUGCAUCGCCUGCUUCUCUGCUGAGUUCAUCAUCAGGCUGAUCGUUGCCCCUUCACGCAGGAAGUUCCUGGGAAACCCCUUAAAUAUCAUCGACGUUGCUUCCAUUUUGCCAUUUUACGCCACAUUAGCUCUGGAGACGGCAGAUGAGGAGAGCGCAGAGGAGAACGAGGACUUAGAGAACGUGGGGAAAGUGGUGCAGGUCCUACGCCUCAUGAGGGUCCUCCGAAUCCUCAAACUCGCUCGCCAUUCCAUCGGGCUGCGAGCGUUGGGCGCCACCGUCCGCCACAGCUACCAUGAGGUCGGUCUGCUCCUCCUCUUCCUCUCUGUGGGCAUCUCCAUAUUUUCUGCUCUUAUCUAUUUUGCUGAGAAGGAAGAGGAAGAAACAGAUUUGGGGACCAUCCCCUCAGGAUGGUGGUGGGCUACCAUCACCAUGACAACAGUCGGCUACGGUGACACCUGCCCCGUGACGUUGGCGGGAAAGAUCGUCGCCACGUUGUGUAUCGUCUGUGGCCUGUUAGUGGUGGCUCUGCCCAUCACCAUCAUUUUCAACAAGUUUUCCAAAUAUUAUCAAAGAAACAAAGCCAUGGAGGGUCAGUGUAUCACUAAACCUGAGAGACAAGACCCAGAACUCCCAUAUUACAACAUCAGAGACCUGUUCACUGAGAGCGUGUACCCUUUUAUAGGAGGUAUUGCUUUCAGGGGUAGCGUGAGCAGCGGAGGCGACGAAACAGAUGCCUCCAGUCUCCAGGACAUAGAGGUAUACGAUAAUGAUACCUGUGAAAAUGGGGUUGCAAAAUGAGAUUCUUGCUAUUUUACAGAGUGUAACUCCCUUUAUGACUGCAAGUCACUCGGUGCCUCUCAGGGCAGAACGCUCGAUCACUGACCCUGUCUCCCUGCACUGUCUUCCUUCUGCAAUCUGACAGAGAAAUAUCGUGGCCAUGAUUUUUUUUUUUUUUUCUUUUCUACCAGGGAAUAGCUUGUGAAAUAUAUGGCGUCGCUAAAACCGGGAAUCCUAAAGGGAAUUAUCUGAACCCUGCUCUGAGGUUUGAAAGCCCAUUUUCUGCUUGAGAAAACUGCAAUGAUGCAUGUAGGAGGCCAUAAUGUUAAUGUUUUUCAAAGUAAUGUCCUGUAUUGAUUUGUCUGCUUGCUGAAAGUUCAGCCUGAGAGUUCAGCAAAUGCAAAAGUCUAGGAUGACAACAACACUAUUUGAUGUUUAAAAAUGAUAUUAUAGAUCUGUAAGUUGACUGAUAUUACAGUCUGCAUGAACAAAAAUAAACACACAAAGGACUAUUAAUAUUAUAAAUAGCUCUAUAAAAUGAUGCCGUUAUUUGAUGCUGAAGAAGAGUUAAAAAUACCUUUUGAGCACACUAUUGAAAGCACUGAUAUGCCAGGAUAUUGUUACUCAACGUUUUUGGAGAGUUCUGUCGGCAUGCUGGGUGAGUUUUGGCUCAUGUGGAAAUAAAACCUGACUCUGUGAAUCAAAGAAACACGACUCUUAUUUGUAAAAUCACAUAGAGUAAGAAGAUAAGGUUCCUUUAACCUUUUUAUUAUUUAGUGCUAGAGCUGGGAGAUAUGACCAACACA